CUCAUGCCUCAUACAGCUUUUAUCACUUUAUACAUUUUUUUUUUCUGCUGUGAACAUUAUACACUUCUAUAACAAACCUCAACAAUUUUAACUAACCUAUCUAUCAUACAUCUGUUUUCUUAUAAUUCAGUAACUUGUGAUCAGGCAUUUCAUUUAGUCUUGCUUUCUUUAUAACUUUUGUUACCUUAUUUAGCCCUUGAAAACGCCCAGGAGGAAUAUUACCUAGGCAUCUUAUCAGAACUGUAAAAUCGCAGCUACGGUUCUGAUGUGCAAUAUGCUAUUACAGUAUCUUCAUGAGGGCAUCCUGCAUACACUAGGUCAAUAUUUACUGAUGUGCUAAUGCAGUAAUGACCCAUCUGCCUCUGCUCCUCUCUGGGGCACUUUCCUUUCUAUCUAUAGGGAUGGGAAUUAAUGACAGUCUCUCUGUGCUGCCUGAUGUCAGAGCUGAGAAAGGUGUGAAGGGUAUAUAAGAGCUGUAUUACUUGUCAGAAGGGAAAGGGGGAAAACGGAUACUCCAGAGCCAGAUGCAAGCGUGGAAUUGUUGCAUGCACCCUUCUUGCUAGCACAGGAGUGCCUCUUCAGCUAGCUCCCUGAGCAUCAAAAGAAACUUUGGAAGCAAAGAUGUGCAACCUAAAGCUGUCAGUUGUCUUCAUUGUACUUUCUGUCGCUUUGAGCUGUCUGGAAGCUACACCUAUUGAGAAAUUACUAUCUGUGCCUGAAGAUCUAUCUGAUGGGACUUCCAAGAGACAAGGAUGGAUAUUGCCAGUAAUGUCAAGGAAUGCAUUCCCAGGACUUAGUGAGACAGUGCCAGAACAAGCAGCAUCAAAGCCAAAAAGGAGUCACCAUCUGGAGAAACGGAAAUGCAACACCGCUACAUGUGUGACACAACGCUUGGCCGACUUCUUAGUGCGUUCCAGCAACAGCAUCGGUGCAAUUUAUUCACCUACCAAUGUGGGAUCUAAUACGUAUGGAAAGAGGGACACAGAGGAGCUUUUAAGCAGAGAACCCCAAAACAACGUACAGCUUUAGUGUGUUAAAAUGACUACUGAUACAAUUUUCAUUAGGAGUUCCUGCCUACGUUUUAUGUAUCAAUAACUUUUCAGGCAUUUAUUACUUGUACAGUCUUAACAGUGCCUUGUC